AUGGACUCCUGGUUCCGCAACCUCGGCUCUGAAAUCGCCAAUACCGGGAAAACCAUACACAACAGCUUAGACGGCUUCGGCCAAAACGCCGGCUCUGCACUGGAUUCCUGGGGCCAAGAGAUGGGGAAAAACCUAGAUCCGAGCCAUCCCGCUCACAUGGCCAUGAGAAAGGCGGGAGAAAUAUCGUUUGGUGCGGCUGGGGAGACAAUGCGGUGUUUAGAUGGGUUGGGACAGCAGACGGAGAGGUCUGUCAGUGGAGCGUAUAAUCACGCACAUGAACAUGUUUCACGAGUGGAUUGGGAUAUGCUGGCGCAGGAAGUCAGGGUGUGGAUUGAGUGCACUGCGAAUGGGAUUGGAGUGGCGGUUCACGAUGCGGUCAGGGAUGUCUUUUGUGUUGCAGAGUCCCAUCUACCAGGGGAGGUUGGGCGGUGGAUUGCUGAACACCCUGGACAGACUGUGUUUAUCAUCUGUGCGGGAACUGUCUUCUUUGCGCCUUUUUUGAUUAGAGUUCCCGUGUUGUAUAGUCUUGGAUUUACGGCUGAUGGUGUCGCUGCAGGAUCUGCUGCUGCGGCUGUUCAGUCCAUGAUCGGUCCUGUAAACACAGGAAGCAUCUUCUCGCUCUUGCAGAGUGCUGCUGCUGGCGGGUCUGGCAUCGCUGUUGUUGAUGCAAUGGUAUCCACAGGUGCUUGCGUCGGGGUAGGUGUAGUCGCAGGAAGUUGCGCUGAGAGGGAAGUUCGCAUGUAA